AUGCCCGGAACUGCAACCAUCGAUGAGGACUAUUCCCGGGGCUACUACAAAGACGGGGACCUGGUGAUUGGAGGGCUCUUAGCUCUGAAUGUGUUUGAGGGAAAUCUCCCGUCGUUUAAGAAACAUCCUUUUUGGUUCGAUAAAGGGUUUGCCCGUGUCCCCAAACACAAUCAACACGUCCUGGCCCUGGUGUUUGCCGUGGAACAGAUCAACAAGGACCCCAGCCUCCUGCCCAACUUUUCCCUGGGAUUCCACCUCUAUGAUACCUUAUUCCGGGAGAGGCUGGCCGUGGAGCAGUCUCUGAUGCUGCUCUCGGGCCCAGGGAGGACAGUGCCCAAUUACAGCUGCGAGGAAAGGGGCAAGCUGGUGGCCGUCAUCGGGGGAAUCAAGUCAACCUUGUCCAUUGCCAUGGCCAACGUCCUAGGAUUCCAUAAAUUCCCCCAGAUCACCUAUGGCCCCUUUGACGGUACCCUGAGGGAUUCGGGGCAGUUCCCCUCUCUCUACCAGAUGGCCCCCAGGGACACCGCUCAGCAGCGGGGAAUAGUCCGACUGUUGGUGCAUUUUGGCUGGACCUGGGUCAGCCUCGUUAUCUCCAAUAAUGUUCAAGGUGAAACUUUCGCCCGGGACCUGAUGGGAGAGAUGGACAGACACGGAGUCUGUGUGGCCUUUACAGAACAGAUUCCAGAAACUAAAUACUACGGCACAUGGGAGGCCCGCCUAUUCCAUCACAAAAUGAAUACCAUAUUGGUCAACGUGGUCAUUGUCCAUGGUGAUAUCGAUUCGCUCAUCAUGUUUAAAUGGGUCAUCGGUUGGGCUGAGAUUUGGGGGAAGGUGUGGAUCACCACAGCCCACUGGGACAUCUCCGUCUCCAACGCUUAUAACACGUAUCAAAAUUCUUUCUGCGGUUCCUUGUCAUUUUCCAUCCACACAGACGAGAUUACUGGUUUUGAAGAUUUUGUCCGGGAAGCAAGCCCUUCUAAAUAUCCCAAUGAUGUUUUUCUUCAGCAAUUCUGGGAGGCUGAACAAGGCUGUUUCUUGUCACUCCGACAAAUGGGAAGAAAAAGGACAGGAGUAUGCAUGGGAAAUGAGAGCUUUGACAGACUCCCACAAUUUGAUCUGGAUUUGCAGUUGUCGGGACUGAAGUACACUCUGUACAGUGCUGUGUAUGCAGUGGCUCGGGUACUCCAUGAAAUGCUCUUGUCCAGGACAGAAGCGGAGGUGUCUGAGACAGGAGACGCUGUGAUAUUUCCUCCGAGGCAGCUCUACUCCUUCCUAAGGCGACCCAAGCUCAAAAUUACUGCUGGAGGCGAGUGGAACUUUGACCGAAACAACCCUUCAGUCGUGAGCUAUGAUAUCCUGAAUUUUAUCCAGGUCGGAUUUGAAAAUUUCACCAGGGUUAAGGUGGGAGAAUUUAACCCUCAGUCUUUUCUGGGGAACGACUUGACCAUCAACGAGGAGGCCAUUGUGUGGGACAGAGAAUUCAAUCAGACCCCCCGCUCCCUGUGCAGCGAAAGCUGCAGCCCUGGACAUAGGAAAACAGCUCGUGAGGGUAAGGCUGUCUGCUGCUACGAUUGUUCCCGGUGCCCAGAGGACGAGAUCUCCAACCAGACCGAUGCGACCCAAUGCAUGAGAUGUCUUGAAGAUGAGUAUCCAAACCAGGAGAAAAAUCGCUGCCUUCCCAAAGUCAUCAUUUUUCUCUCUUACCAAGAGCCACUGGGAGUUGCAUUCGUUUGCAUGGCUCUUUCCUUCUUCUGGAUCUCAGCCCUGACCCUGGGGAUCUUUAUUAAGCACCGGGACACACCCAUCGUCAGAGCCAAUAACCGUGGUCUUAGCUACAUCCUCCUCGUCUCCCUCAUGCUCUCCUUCCUUUGCUCCCUCGUCUUCAUCGGCCGCCCCAGCACAGCAUCCUGCCUCCUCCGACAGGUUGCCUUUGGCAUCAUAUUCUCCGUGGCCGUGGCUUCGGUGCUGGCCAAGACCAUCACAGUGGUCCUGGCCUUCCGGGUCUCCAAGCCGGGGAGCAGGUUCCGGGGAUGGAUGGGUCCCCGCAUGUCUAACUGUGUCGUCCUCAUCUGCUCCCUUAUCCAAGUGACCAUCUGUGGGAUCUGGCUGGGAACUGCUCCCCCUUUUCCUGACUCCAACACACAGGCUGAAUUUGGCCACAUCGUUCUUGAGUGCAACGAGGGCUCCGUCACCGCCUUCUACUGUGUCCUGGGCUACCUGGCCUUCCUGGCCCUGGUCAGCUUCACGGUGGCCUUUCUGGCCCGGAAUCUUCCCGACACGUUCAACGAGGCCAAGUUCAUCACGUUCAGCAUGCUGGUGUUCUGCAGCGCCUGGAUCUCCUUCCUGCCCACCUACCUGAGCACCAAAGGCAAGGCCAUGGUGGCCGUGGAGAUCUUCUCCAUCUUGGCCUCCAGCGCUGGACUCCUGGGUUGUAUCUUUGGGCCCAAGGUCUAUGUGAUCUUGCUGAGGCCGGACAGGAACAACCGAGACCAGUUACUGAGGAAACUCAAUUCCAACAUCAAAUCCCCUUGACAUUGGUCCCAAACAUGUAGAUGCCAUCUACCCCAUUCUUUUUGCUAACACACUUCAGAAAUCAU